AACUAUAAAUAUAUACUUUAGUAACAAAACUUUUAUAAUCUCAUAAGUAGGUACGAUGCUUUUAUUUUAAACUAAUGCUAGCUCAGUUAGAUAGUUAGUAUUUAGUGACAAUGAGUAGCAAAAAUACGGUCAAACUUAAUUUAAUAUCAGCUGCCUGUGAAAACCUAGGUAUUGGAAAGAAUGGAGAUUUACCAUGGAAGCUUGAGAAAGAAUAUGCCUACUUCGAGCGAAUGACAACAGAAACCGAAGACAAAAACAAAAGAAAUGUCAUGAUUAUGGGUAGAAAAACGUGGGAAAGUUUUGUAGAAUAUCCCACUUCUGAUAGAAUAUGCCUUGUUUUAUCUAGAAGUAAACUGGAUGUAGGGUCUGUUAGACAUGUCCAUGUUUACCAUAGCUUUGAUGAAGCUAUUAACGCUUUGGAGCAAGAUGAAUUUUUCAAAAAUAAAUUUGAGACCGUUUGGGUCAUAGGAGGAACGAGUAUUUACAAAAAAGGAUUAGAAUCGGACAGAUUUCAUCGACUAUAUUUAACGAGAAUUCAUAAAAACUACGAUUGUGACACAUUUUUCCCGAAUUUGCCAUCAAAUCUUGUCGAAGUUAGAGAUCCACAGGUACCAGAAGAUAUUCAAGAGGAACAUGGUAUUCAGUAUAAGUUUCAUAUAUAUGAAAAAUAGAUUCUUAUUCCACAGUCUAAUUUAUUUUAUCAUUAAACGUUAUAUGCACAGAAGCAA